UGUCACGUAGUUGACGAAGAGUGAUGCAAGCACUCCUAGGUACGUAAACACCAGUUCCCAUCCCCGGUUGUCGAUUUCGAGGUGUCGGAUGGUUUGGUGCAACAGCAGGCCCAGCAGCGCCGAGAAACCAGCUGUCGAUUGCCAUGACGAAUCGAGGGCUGCGGAUAGAUACGACAUGGUUUGUUUGUCACCGUCAGUGUAUUCUCUCUUCUGUGUGGGUUUAUGAGCAAUGACAGGUGAAUUCCCAAGCGCGUCUCAAGAUGACGGUAACAACGGUGGCUUUGAAGCUUGCAACACGAUGCGUUUACUGAGCACUCUACCAAUCGGAGAGAAAGGAUGCCAAUUCGUGGUUUAUGUAAGUGCUUCUGAAGGAACUUGUUUCAAUUCGUUCGUUUACUUCCCAGAUAGAAUAAGUACUCGGCGAAUAUACCUAAGUUCACGAUUGUCCCCGGGACAUAUAGUUCCGGCUCACGUCACCCGUCUUGCGUUUAUCUAUUUUCCUGCAACAAAGUACCCGAGAUCCUCUUUGCGCUUCGUCGAGAUCACAGUAAGCCGGAAAAUAGCAUUUGGUCGUUGCCGCGAAGAUCUGCAGUUACUACAGAAGCAAUAAAUAGAGAUCUUUUGAAAUACAUGAGAGCGGCUAAGUGCACGCAGGUAGAAGUGUAGAAAACGCU